GUUGAGCUGGUGCAUCAUAGCUGCACAUGUGUGGAUGGAUCAGUGUUGUGUUUCUCUCCUGGUCCAGUCAGCCCAUCGCUAUCAGUGGUUCCCCCAGUACUCACCUGUACAGAGGCUGAGCAGCAGGGGCACAAACCAAGAACUUUGGCAAGUGGUGUAAAACCAGACCCCGGUAGAGAGAAUGGCUGUGAUAUCCGCAAAACCAAAGCAGAGAAUAACGACAGAGUGAGUAAGGACCUGUAAAUUUUCAUGUGGAUCUGGGCGCAUCCAUGGAGGAACAUUACUUAAAGCCCUGUCCUGACAGCAGCAGCAGGACAGAGACUCAACGACUCCUCACUUCUUGGAGAGGAGAUAUUGUCCUACACGGAGCAUUUCCUCAACGUGUCGGGUCAGCUGGAUAACCGGACUUCUGGGUUUUUCCUGCUGGACUUUGACGACGGGAUGCUGGAGGACUGGCGCUCUCUGGCCAGUAAGAAGCGCCGCGGAGGAGAGUCUCAGGACGGCCGGGUGAAGGCGCUGCUGGUGGCCGCCUACUCUCUCAUCAUUGUGAUCUCUCUGUUCGGCAACACGCUGGUGUGCCAUGUGGUGGUGAAAAACAAGCGCACCCUGUCCGCCACCAGCUUGUUUAUCAUGAACCUGGCUGUGGCUGAUAUCUUCAUCACCGUCCUCAAUACGCCCUUCACCCUGGUCCGGUUCGUGAACAGCACCUGGGUGUUUGGGAGGGCAAUGUGUCACAUCAGUCGUUUCGUACAGUACUGCUCCCUGCACGUCUCCACUCUCACACUGACCGCCAUCGCACUGGACCGUCGGCAGGUGAUUUUGCACCCGUUGAGACCUCGCAUGUCCCCGGCACAAGGCAGUGUUUGGGUCGCUGUUAUCUGGAUAAUGGCCAGCUGCUUCUCCCUCCCGCAUGCAAUCUACCAGAAACUCCUGACUUUUACAUACAGUAAGGAGAAGGAGCGCAGCCUGUGUGUCCCAGACUUCCCAGAGCCAUCAGAUGUCUACUGGCAGUAUAUUGACCUCCUGACCUUCAUAUUACUUUACAUGCUGCCGCUCCUCAUCAUCACCGCCUCCUACACCACAGUGGCCUGCCGGCUGUGGCGCCACAACGCCAUCGGUGACACCACGACGGCUCAGCACGCCGCCCAGAGAAGAAAGCGGCGGCGGACGUUGGCCAUGUUGCUCCUGGUGGUCGGGGUGUUCGCCGUCUGCUGGUUCCCACUCAACUGCUAUGUUGUGCUGCUGUCCAGCCAGGCCAUCCACUCGUCCAACGCCCUGUACUUCUGCUUUCACUGGCUGGCGAUGAGCUCCACCUGCUACAACCCUUUCAUCUACUGCUGUCUGAAUCCAACCUUCCGCCAGGAGCUGCGGCUCCUCUUCCACAUGUGCAGGAGGAAACGGAGGGCGGCGGUCGGGUUGGAGCCGGUGCUCCGCCCCGUAGCCGCUCCUUGUCACAGGAAUGCCUGGCCCGACGACCACGAGUCCUCGAAGCCACGGCACGCUCUGUCACACUCGGGCCACGCCUCCUCCAGUCAGUCCCACGCCUCCUCCAGUCAGUCGCACAACCUCAAAGAUACACAUGUGCUCUUCACGGCCAGGCAGGUCCUCACAGGAAGAACUGACAUCCUCUCAGUGGAGCCCAUCGUGGCUGUGAGCUGACUGGGAACAACAAUGGGAUGGGAUUAUGGCGUUUGAGAUUCUUCAUUUUAGGGAUUUCAUCUUUGUUCCAAAGAGGACAGGAAAUCUUAAAAUCUCAGAGAUGUGUGGCUGAGCCUGCACAGGAUUUGAUUUUAAUGGCAGCAGAGAGGACGUGGUUUUUGUGACGGCGCUAAAUUGAGGAAACUGUCAUGUCGUUUUUCCAUCAGACACUGUCAUCACAAAAUAAUUUCCCUGUGGUUUUAUCCAGUUUUUAUUUCUCUUUCCACACUGCUUCUCACUCAAAAAUCCCUCAAAAAUACCACAUUAAGACACCGAGACCUUGAGGGACACCAUAGAAAAAGCCUCAGCCCUUCAAAACUGAGCAUCAGUUACCAGCUUCUGGUUGUAAAGCACGAUCUUCCUCAUCAAAUGGUGUUUGCCCAGUCGUUCAGUUUUACCAUAUCUGUGCACUUCAAGGUCUUCUCCAUGUUGGCUUGGAUUAAAAAAAAACUCAACUUUUUGAUCUUGGAAACAGCAGCUGACAAAACAAGGUCCAUUUAGUAGAUGUUCUGGAUCUUUCUACCAUUUUUUUUUUUUUAUUGUCUUCAUACUGUUGAGCAUUGACACUAUGAUAUACAUGCAAAGGAUGCAAUGUGAUGCAAUGGGCUCAUUCAUCAUGUCAGGUACGGACACAUUGAGAAUAAAAACUUGUUUGCAUUGAUCCGCAGGCCACUUCAAAUUCCUCCUGCUGCUCAUACUGUUUUCAUGUUUCUCUCUGAUUCACAUGCAGCCAGAGGGUUUAUAGAGUACACACAGGGGAGGAAAAUACACCAACAAAAUAUCACAGCAGUCUACGUUAUUUAUGUUCCUCAUCGUACACCGUACUGUGAGA